UCCUGCAUCCCAGCGGAGGAGAAGCAACUUUCAGGCUUCUAGGUGUCUGUGGGGGGGAGGGGGGCUAUCGCCCCAAAUCCACCCUCCUUCUCCAAAUCCCCCUGCCCCGAAGCCAAGAGCCAUUAAUCAUGGGGGUCAGCCGUGGCUGUUUGCUCUGCGUCAAAGUGAAGAUGUUUGUCUUCAAUCUCAUCUUCUGGCUGGGUGGCUGCGGAGUGCUCGGCGUGGGAGUGUGGCUGGCUGUUUCCCAGGGCCGCUUUGCCACCUUAUCCUUCUCCUUCCCGUCGUUGUCAGCAGCAGGGCUCUUCAUGGCGACAGGAGCCAUUAUCAUGGUCGUGGGCUUCCUCGGAUGCUUGGGGGCAGCCACAGAACAUCGCUGCCUAUUGCUGACGUUCUUCCUGGUCCUCUCCACACUUUUCCUCCUGGAGCUGGUUGGUUUGCUGGUUUUUGUCACCUGCCGGGACAAGUUUGACAGGUAUGCCCAAUCCAAUCUAAAGGAAGGGCUGAAGCUGUAUGACACAGAGGGCAACGUGGGGUUAACCAAAGCAUGGGACCUUGUGCAGAAUGAGUUUCGUUGUUGUGGGGUGCAGAAUUACACAGACUGGUUUGAAGUGUGUAACAGAACGUGGGUCCCCAAGUCCUGCUGCUUACAGCAAAGUGAGACUUGUCAAGUGGACAGCGCCAGCUGGUGGCCAGAGGCUUGUUACAAGAAGGUGAAAGACUGGCUAGGGGAGAACAUCUCUGCAAUGGGCAUUUUUGCUGCCUGCAUCAUUGUUGUCCAGGUGCUGGGCAUAGUGUUCUCCAUGCUGAUGUACUGCCAGGUCCGGAAGGCAGCGAAAUACUACGACUGAGUCCAUCCGAGUAUACUCUUGUGUCCAUCGGUCCUUGUAGCUUAGGGACAUGGAGCUCAGCAGCAACAGUAACGGCAUCUCUCGUCCCUCUGCCUUCUCCAUCCUGUCCUUUCCUUCUCUUAUUCAAGCCUUAUGGCUUUUGCUUAAGCCAAUUCUUGCCAUUUGCUCAUGCUGCAACUACUGGGGAAAGAUAUAUUUUCACAGCAGAGGAUCCCCCAAUUCCUGCUGAAAGACCAUUUAUGCUUUUUUUAAAAACUACCCACACAUGUUUUUAACCCCUAAAUAGGGCUCGAUUUUCUUCCAUCUUAGCUUACCUAGUUCCCCCUAUAUUUUAUAUCAUAAUGUCCCCUCUUCCUUCAACUCUGUUGCUUUUGUAUAUAACAGAACUAUACCAAGCACCAAUAAAAUACCCUCUAGC